CCGCGGCUGUGAGCGCCACGUGUACAAAGGGCCGAACCGGAAGCUCCGAGCUGGGACAAGCGGCGGGCGAGUCGUUGCCUGCGGCGGCCAUGGAGCGCUCCGAGGAGCCUCUGUCCGCGCGACCGGCGCUGGAGACCGAGGGCCUGCGAUUCCUGCACGUCACAGUGGGCUCCCUGCUGGCCAGCUACGGCUGGUACAUCCUCUUCGGCUGCGUCCUUUUCUACGUUGUCAUCCAGAAACUCUCCUCCGUCCGCCUGAGGUCGAUGAGGCAGAGGCAGCUGGACCAAGCUGAGACUGUUCUGGAGCCCGAUGCUGUUGUUAAGCGACAAGAGGCUUUAGCUGCUGCUCGGUUAAGAAUGCAGGAAGAUCUGAAUGCCCAGGUUGAAAAACAUAAGGAAAAGCUAAGACAGCUUGAAGAAGAGAAAAGGAGACAGAAGAUUGAAAUGUGGGACAGCAUGCAAGAAGGCAGAAGUUACAGAAGAAAUCCAGGAAGGCCUCAGGAAGAAGAUGGCCCUGGACCUUCCACUUCAUCUGUCAUCCCCAAAGGAAAAUCUGACAAAAAGCCUUUGAGGGGAAAUGGUUAUAACCCUCUGACGGGUGAAGGGGGUGGAGCCUGCUCCUGGAGACCUGGACGAAGGGGUCCAUCAUCUGGUGGAUGAGGCUAAGACUCUUGUUAGUGUCGCUUUGACAUUAGCAAGGUGAAUCCUUAACCCUCAACUCAAUUGCCUUACGCACACUUUCACAGUGACUAGCCAAGGAGAGGUAGGGCUUGUUUCCAUUUUAACUGCCUGUAUUCUAAGGACUUUGGACAGUAUGAGAUAGAGACGUUGCUAUCAGGCCAAACUUUUUAGAGACGAGACAGCCAUGGCGCUCAUGACUACUUGCUAGUUGGUAGGUUGAAGGCCUCCCGCUGCUUAGCAAACUUCACAAAGGAGGCCCAGGGAUGAUCUCUGGGGUAGAAGUCCUUGCUGACAGGAUGGUCUCUGUGACAGGAUGCGUUUAAUGAUGUCUUCCUUAUAAAUGGUGAGCCCACCAGUGAGGAUUACUGAUGUACACAGUUGAUGGGGUUUGCUUCUGUAUAUUUACUUUUAUGUACAGAACUUUGUAAAAAGAAAAAAAUUAAAU